CAAAUAGAUAAGUUAGAAGGGCAUACAAAGUGCUCCAAACUUCUCACAUGUGUAGCACUGGGGAAAUGUUGAUGUACACAUUCUUACCUCCGCUUGAUAUUUUCGAGAAUCAAACUCGAGACCUUCAUCGAGGCCAGCUUAACUUUUCGGAGGUCUAUUGAGAAAAUAAGAAUUGAGUCCUUUAUGAAUUUUUACGAAAAUGUAAAAUAGUUAAAUUAGUCUUCCCAAACAAUGCAAAUCGUAUAAAAUAACAAAACAACACCAAGUUUCGAAAGCAUCAUUUAAAUGGAGUAUCACUAAUCUCCAAAAAACACGAACAUUAUAAGAUUUUAAAAGCAUCAUCUAAAUAAUUUAUUUUGUCACAUUGAACAAAAAAAUACCUAAAACAUUCAUUGUGUGUAGUGGUGACUCUAGGAAUUAUUCUUUAUUAGGGUCAUUCGUGAAUUCAAAGUUCAAUUGCUUUACAACAGAUAGUUUUACAUUAAUCAACAAAUAAUCUUUUUUCCAAAAGAUAAAAACAUAAUGAUAGAUACGCAUAUACAUUUAUAUUCCUAUAUAUUACACGGUAAAUUCACAGGGACUAUAGGAGUACUCUCUCACAUUCAAAUCAAUUUAAUCACAAGCUUUUAAUUGGAUUGGUGAGCUGCAAUGCCACGGGGAAUGAUGAAAUUGAGGCAGUUGGAACUGGUAUUGAGGGAAUAGGGGAUUGUGUAAUGAGAGAUCAGGCUCGAUCCGCUGAAUUUCAGGUGUUUGAGAAAAAGGUAAACAAAUGGAAAGAAUCCAGGGGAGAGAGAAGAAACAAGAAAACAAUUGGAGUUAGAAUUGAAAUUCUUUCGAAUAAUAUCUUACAAACUGAGGGAAUGAGUUUUAAAGAUGCUGCAUAUCAUCUCGAAGCUGAGGCAGUUGGAAAGUGGAGUGGGCGAAGAAACAAAAAAAAUGCAAUUUCUUUGGAAGAUAUCUUACGGUGUAAGGAAAUGCCUCAAAAAGUUGUUGCAAAGCAUCUUAAAGUUAGCUUAUCCACACUGAAGCGAGCUUGUCGAGCGCAUGGCAUCCCCAGUUGGCCACCUUGCGGGAAACACAAUCAAUCUUGCCCCAACGAAUCUCCCGCAGUUGUUGACAAAGAGCAAAUCCCACAACUGAAUUCUGAUACGCUUCUGCCUUCUAAUCAAGUCUCAGCUACUAUUGGCAAAGAAAGUGUGACUGUGAAGGCAAGAUUUAAUACAGUUACGAUGAAGUUUCAGCUGUCUUGGCCAUGGAGAAUGGAAGAGCUAAAACAACAAGUGGAAAAGAGGUUGGGACACGAGGCUGAAAAUUAUUACAUUUGCUACAAAGAUCAGGACAAUGAUGAUGAUUUAUUAAUAGCAUGUGACGAGGAUUUACAGGAUCAUAUCUCCCAUUCUAGCCUACACGACACCAACUCGAUUGAGGUAUUUCUUAAGCCAAAGUAGCUGAUGAAU